AUGGCUUCGCGUCAAGACGGCACUGGAAGUGAAUCGGACGGAGCCACCUUCGAGCUCGAUGAUGCAGUCCUCGACAGCCUUCCAAUACCUGGGACAAAAGUAUUAUCUUGCCGAGCUUAUGGUAUGUGGGUAUGGGCUCGUCAAGCUCGGCUUGUUUGUCAACUACCUACGGGGGAGCAAUUGAGUUAUUUUCUCAAGGUAACCACCGGCGAAAGUGACCGCUUGAUGGCGGAAGGACAGUUUGAAUCAGACAAGGCACUCCAUGAAGUCCUCCCGUCGUUCUGUCCCAAACCCUACGCCCUCGGCCAAUACAAAGCUCCUGGACCAGCUAACUACUUUAUCCUAGCGGAGUUUCGCGAUGUUGGACAACAGCCUCCGGAGCCUGCUAGAUUCGUCGCGCGUCUGGCGGAGCUGCAUAAAGAUUCGGUCUCACCCACUGGUAAAUUUGGAUUCCAUGUGAAGACUUGCCAUGGGAAAGCGCCCCAGUUAACUGACAUCUGGGAGGAUUCGUGGGAGGUUUGCUAUUACAAACAGCUCAAGCACGUUUUCGAUAUGGACAAGUCCAAACAGCGAUAUUGGCCGGAGUUUGAUUUCUGCGCACAGCUUGUGAUGGAUAAGUGUGUUCCGGCAUUGCUGCGACCUUUGCAAAGCGAUGGCAGGUCCAUCAAACCUUGCUUAUUGCAUGGAAAUAUCUGGGAUGGGAAUACAGCCACGGAUAUGCGAAGUGGGGAGCCGUUCGUCUUUGACGGAUCUGCUUUUUACGCACACAACGAGUUCGAGUUGGGUAACUGGAGGACCCCUAGACACAGAUUGAGCAGCAAAACAUACAUUCGAAGCUACAAGCGACAUUUUCCUGCGAGCGAGCCGGAGGAGGAUUGGGAUUCGCGAAAUCUCCUGUAUUCUUUGAGGCCUAAUUUGACCGCUGCUUGGUUGAUCCCCGGCAGUAAUUAUCGCGAGAAUGUCUUCGAAGAUAUGAAGGAGCUGUGCUCUAGAAUCUGUCCCGACGACCUUGCCUCCUAUAAGCGAAAGUCUGAAGUCGAUCAUGAUCACGCAGCAUCGGAUGGAGAAGGGGAAGACGGCGAGGAGGAGGAGGAGGAGGAGGAGGAGGAAGAUUAA